GGCGCCAUCUUGCCCUGCUGGGGAUGUGGGGAUGGAGCCUUUGUUACCUCAGGAGCAGGGCGGCUCCCCCUUGUCCACUGCAGCUGGGCCUGGGGACAAGGACAGCCCCAACCCCUGCUCAGAGCUCCUAGACGAGAGCCAGAGUGAUCUAGUCAUCCUCCACUUCAACGACGUGUAUGAGGUGGAGCCCAGGCAGGAGGAGCCGGUAGGAGGCGCUGCCAGAUUUGCUGCAGCUAUAAAAAAAUUCAGUUCCCUGAAUCCACUUAUAAUAUUUAGUGGAGACUGCUUAAAUCCAUCAGCCUUAAGUUCAAUAACAAAAGGAAAACAUAUGAUUCCUAUAUUAAAUGCAGUGGGAGUACACUUCGCAGUCUUUGGAAACCAUGAAUUUGAUUUUGGUGUUGAUGUUCUGGAAGAUUAUAUACAACAAAUGAAAUUUCCAUGGUUCCUCAGCAAUGUAUAUGACAGAUUUACCUCUAAACCACUAGGCCAUGGCCAGUAAAAAAAAGUAGUUAAAUGGAAUAAUAUGAAAAUUGGUUUAAUGGGAUUAGUAGAAGAAGACUGGCUGGAUACCUUGCCUACCAUUAACAAAUCAAACCUAAACUACAUAGAUUAUGUCAAAGCAGGUAAUAAAAUAUCUGCAGAACUUAAAGCAGAGGGAGCAGGACUUAUAAUUGCUAUGACACACAUGAAAUGGAUUAAUGACAUCAGACUUGCCCAGAACACCCAAGGAAUAGAUCUGGUUCUGGGGGGCCAUGACCAUGAUUAUGGAAUCAAAAAGGUGAAUGGAACUGGGAUUAUCAAAAGUGGGUCUGAUUUCAGGAAUUUCUCAAAAAUAAAUAUAAGAAAGUUUGGUGCAUCAUUUCAGUAUACAUUUCAGAGGAUUGACAUUUUGAGGAACCUAGAAGAAGAUUCUUUUAUAAAAUCAGUGGUGGAUGAUUAUACUCAAAACCUGCAGCCUCUUUUAGAGGAAGUUCUUUGUCCCAUCGACACAGAAUUAAACAGUCGUGUUUCUACUGUAAGAAGAUCAGAGAGCAACCUGGGAAACCUGAUAACUAAUGCAAUGUUAGGAGCUACUCACGCUGAUGUAGCAUUACUCAAUUCAGGUACCCUUAGUUCAAACCAUAUACAUCCUGCAGGAGAUUUUACUAUGCAUGAUCUUUUAACUAUCCUUCCCAUUGUGGACCCACUUCUAGUAGUCAGAAUUACAGGAGGACAACUGUUGGAAGCUCUUGAAAAUGGAGUCUACAGAUAUCCAGCUCUUGAUGGAAAGUUUCCUCAAGUAGCAGGAAUGGAAUUUGGAUUUGAUCCAAAUGCAGAACCAGGGCACCGAAUUAUAAGAGACUCUGUAAAGAUUCAAGGACAAUAUCUCAAGAAAAACAAAGUCUAUCAACUUGCCAUUAAGGAGUACUUAGCUAAUGGAAAGGAUGGCUAUGUAAUGUUUCAGAAUUGUCCUAGGAUGUAUGAUACAGAAACUGCACAGAUACUUUCCACAGUUGUUGUUAAUCACUUUGAAUCUAUCAAGAUUGUGCAUGGCAUCAAAAAGUGCAUCUCCGGUCACUGAAUGAGUUUAAUUACUAAGUCAAAAUCAGCAUCACUAACACGUAAUUUAAAAUAUAUCAUUUGAGACACAAUGGGCUACAAUCCUUACUGUGGACUUCGGUCACCAUUGCAAUUACAAAUAAUUAAGUGUAUUUGUUCCUAACUUUCUAAAUUUGUUGUGCAGCAUUUAGUGAUUUACCAAAGAAUAAUCUCUUUAUCCACGAAAGGUAACAAUCAGGGCAUAUGGUCCAUUGUGUGGGAAUGGGACUGACCACUUUCUCCCAGAAGGUUGUCUUCUGCAGAGGGAGGGGUGGAAGGCUUCACAGGGAAGUUGAGGGAGGGAGAUUUUUGAAGGGAUGGAAGGAUG